AAUCACUUGUUGCGGUACUCGCGAUCAGUUCUCAAGCGAAAUGAAGCUCGGUCUAUUGAUUGCAUUAGCUGGAUUGUCUGUGGCAGCUGCAGAUUAUCCAUCGAACAAUCCACUAGAGCUUAUUACACAGCUGGUGAACCUGGAAAAUGAGAAUCAAAGACUUCAGCAGCUUAUAGACAACUUAGUACAGCAAGUAGCUGACAUUCGCUACAAGAAUCAACUGGUUGUACAUCUCAAGAUGGUGGAGGAAAUACUUAAGAAUAAGUGCAAUACCGUAGUUGGCGGUGGAGGUGGAUGUACCAGUGGUAGAUGUAUCAUUGGUGAUGGUGGUGGUGGUGGUUCAAUAGUGAACCUUCAAUAUUUCCAUGAUUUAUUGAAUUUUGUGAGGCAAUUGAAGCUGAUCAUUCAAACUUUAACUAGCAAUGCGAAUUCGUUGCAAUAUACGCUGCAAAACUUCUGGAAUCAAUUGAGACACAAGUGCUACGGCUUAUUUGGGCCUCCUAAUGUUGUUGGAAAAUGA